UAAGUAUUAAAAACAAGCAAUCGGAUAGUAGAAUGGACAUAUUAUUAGAAAUUUUUCACACAUUAUAUAGAAUUAAAAAUAUGGGUGUGAUAGUUAUUUUUGUAUGGGUUCCAGCGCAUAUUGGAAUAGAAGGAAAUGAGAGAGCAGAUAAAAUAGCAAAAGGGGCAAUUCAAAAACCAAUUAGCAUUAAAGUUAAAACAAGUAAAGCUGAAGGAAAGAGUAUGGUUAAGGAAAAACUGAUGGAAAAGUGGCAGAAAAGGUGGGAUGAAGAAAUAACAGGAAGAUGGUUUUAUAAAAUUCAGAAGAAGGUUAAAGAAAGAAGAAAGGGAAAAAGAAAUAGAAAAGAGGAAAGAGUGAUAACCAGGAUAAGAUUUGGGCAUACUGGACUUAACUACUCACUUUUUAAAAUUCAAAAACAUGCAACUGGUAAAUGUGAAUAUUGUGGAGAAUGGGAAACAGUAGAACAUGUUAUUCUAGAAUGUGAUAAAUAUGAAAGAGAGAGAAGAUGUAUGAUAAAAGAGUUUGAAAGUAUUAAGGUAAAAUUUAUGUUAAUAGAUAUUUUGAGGGAAAGUUUGGAGAGCAAACAUAUACAAAUAGUUAUUAGAUUCUUAAAGAAAACUAAGAUAUUCAGUAGAAUUUGAUAGAGUAGACAUAAGAGUGAAUGUGUGGAUGAUAGUGAUGAGUAGAAUAUAAAUAUGGAUGUAAGUUUGUUUGUGUGGGUUGGUAGGUGUAUGUAUGAGUAUAUAUAGAUAUAUAUAUACAAAAAGAGCGUUAGACCAACGAGAGCCACACUCCAUACCAGUAAGUGGCGGUAAUGCUACUAUUAAGUUUGUUGCCAACCGCCAAUAAACACAACAAGAAGAAGAAGAAGUCGAUCUGUCCUCGCGCUAGCAGACGGUAGCUAGCGGUUAGAACCCUCCAGUGUGUGUCGACGCACGGUCCUCCUCCCUCAAGCCUCUUUAAAUUGUCUUCACCGCCGAGCUAUCGACAUUUUUCGGGCACCUCGUCAACAGACGCGUGUAGCUGUAUGUGUGUCCCCGAGGAUAUUCGUUUCUCCGCCGGAGCCUCUGGAACAGCCCGUUAACACAAGCGGAGGUGUGUUAUUUUUUAAAAAGACGCUGCUGACCGCGGUGGGCGGAUAAAGGCGAGCCGAGGAGGGCAUCCGGCCCUGGCUGGUAACUCCGGAGUGCGGGUUUGAAGGGACUGUAUUCAACAUUUUCAGACUGUGAACUGCUUUGCUAUGGAGAAGAUGAAGAGGAUAAAGAAGCGUCUGUCGUUGACCCUCCGGCCCAGUCUGACCAUCGACGAAUCUCUCUCAGAACUGGCUGAGCAGAUGACCAUGGAGGACGGAGGGACCAAGGAUAAUGAGCCCUUUAUGAGGAAUGGCCGCCCCCCCACCUCCCACAGCAUGCACUCCUUUCUGCACCAGUACACAGGCUCCUUCAAGAAGCCGCCCCUCCGCCGGCCGCACAGCGUCAUCGGCGGAAGCCUCGGGUCCUUCAUGGCCAUGCCACGCAACGGCAGCCGCCUCGACAUUGUUCAUGAGAACCUGAAGAUGGGUUCUGAUGGGGAAAGCGACCAGGCUUCAGGAACAUCUUCAGAUGAGGUCCAGUCGCCUACAGGUGUCUGUCUGAGGAACAGAGUUCACCGCCGCAUCUCCAUGGAGGAUCUGAACAAGCGCUUGUCGCUGCCUGCUGACAUCCGGAUCCCCGACGGCUACCUGGAGAAGCUGCAGCUCAGCAGCCCGCCCUUCGACCAGCCGCUGAGCCGACGCUCCCGCCGGGCCUCGCUGUCUGAGAUCGGCUUUGGGAAGUUGGAGACGUACAUUAAGCUGGACAAACUGGGCGAGGGAACGUACGCCACCGUGUUCAAGGGGCGCAGCAAGCUGACGGACAACCUGGUGGCGCUGAAGGAGAUCAGACUGGAGCACGAAGAGGGAGCGCCGUGUACGGCCAUCAGAGAAGUGUCACUUCUAAAAGACUUGAAACACGCCAACAUCGUGACGUUGCAUGACAUCGUCCACACCGACAAAAGCCUCACGCUGGUCUUUGAGUACCUGGAUAAAGAUCUGAAGCAGUACAUGGACGACUGUGCAAACAUAAUGAGCAUGCACAACGUGAAGAUCUUCCUGUUUCAGAUUUUACGAGGGCUGUCCUACUGUCACAAGAGGAAAGUUCUCCACAGAGACCUGAAGCCGCAGAACCUUUUAAUCAAUGAAAGGGGGGAACUGAAACUGGCUGAUUUUGGUCUUGCCAGGGCGAAGUCGGUCCCCACCAAGACGUACUCCAACGAGGUGGUGACUCUUUGGUACCGGCCUCCUGACGUCCUCCUGGGGUCCUCGGAGUACUCCACACAGAUCGACAUGUGGGGCGUGGGCUGUAUAUUCUACGAGAUGGCUGCAGGUCGGCCGCUCUUCCCCGGCUCCACCGUGGAGGAUGAGCUGCAUCUCAUUUUCAGGAUGCUGGGUACGCCCACAGAGGAGAACUGGCCGGGAAUCUCCUCCAUAGAAGAGUUUAAAUCGUACAACUUCCCCAAAUACAAACCGCAGCCGCUGAUCAACCAUGCGCCCAGGCUGGACAGUGAAGGCAUCGAGCUGCUGCUGGCUUUCCUCAGAUACGAGUCCAAGGCGAGGAUUUCAGCUGACGAGGCCAUGAAACAUUCCUACUUCAGCCAGCUGGGGAUGAGAGUCCACACCCUGCCAGAAAGUGUAUCAAUUUUCACAUUAAAAGAGGUGCAGCUUCAGAGAGACCCAGGCUACAGGAGCUCCUCCUACCCAGAGUCAGGGAACAGCAACAUCAACAGAAGGCAAAGCAUGCUUUUCUAAUAUUUCCUGAAUAGGACGGUCAACCGGCCGGCUUCGUCUGCACCUCCCAGCAACUCCUAGCAUGAGCCCACCUCCCCCUGGAGCUCCUCUCCUCACCCGCACACACACGCGUACACACACACACACACACCCUCUGAAUGAUUAAAAACGCUUGGAGACUGUUUAUUUAUUGGGGUGUAAGGUUAACUUAUUUUUGCUGCUAAACUACUACUGUCUGCUAUAUGUGACAUUGAGGUGUGUGUGUGUGUGUGUACAUGUGUGUGCGUCGGUGCACAUGAUGUGAACUAAAGACGACCUGCACAGUUUAGCAGUCUGUUAGGUUACUGUUCAGUUGUUUGUUUGCUUGUUUCUCACUAUAAUUCUUCGGUAUUUUUUUUUUUUUUUUAGUUUUGAAAAUUAACGGAUGUUGACGUUGACGCUGUGAUGAAGUUGUUGUUUUCAUUGUUGUGCUUACAGAGCGAAAAAAAAGCUGCAGUUCCUUCAGACCUUUUAUGCAUUGUGUAAAUCUAUACAUAUAUAUUUAUGUGUAUAUAUGUAUAUUUGGAGAUUUUGUUUUGUUUUUGAUUUCCUUCGAGCUUCCGUGACCGAACUAUACAAGAUUUCUACGUUUUCAAAAGGUUGAAGCACCGUGAUGGUGCUGGUCGGGGUUUUGUUCUCCGAUUACAUUUCAGAUGAGUUUUGCUUUUCUGAUGGCGGGGGAUUCAAAAUGAGAGCUGAACAAAGCUAAAAGGAUUAGCUGUUGGGUUUCUGCUCAUUUCCAUCACUCUGUUAAACCAACAGAACCAGAUCCGAGGGGGAAAUGAGGAAUGGGCUGGUACGAUUCUGAUUGAUUGUUAACCUGAUUUAAAAGAUCAAACAGUUUAUCCCUGUUAUAUUAGACAGAAACUACAGUUAAAGCAUUAAACGGAUUAUUGUGUUAUGUUAUCAUUUUGUGGAACAUAUUUUGAUUUUCAUGCACAGCCUCUGGCCUAAGCAGCUAGAUUAGUAUUAAACUUGUUAAUUAGGUAACCUUUUUUCAUUGAUGGCCUAUUUAACAUUAUUUACUCUCUUUAAAAAAGCAAAGUUUUAUUGUCCUUUUCGUUUCCACAUGAUUCCCUGUUUUUUGUUGUUACUGGAAACGUUUCCAGACAUUUUAUGUUUGUUAGAGCGUCCGUUUGAGACUAACCCAAGUGACCAGGGAAAACUGGUCAGUCAUUCCAGCAAUUGUCGUUUUACCAUUUCAGAGGAAGAAAAUGAGCGCGUUUACCAGAGUACCAGCCCAUGCCUUAUUGGAAGCACUACUGCACAGUAUUGUUGAGGAGAAAUACCAGAACCCAGAAGAUUAAAGUUCAGACAGACCUGCAAACCCUUAAACUGCCAGGCUUUGUUUCAGUAUGCAUUUUGUAAUUCUACAUUGCACUCCAGUUUUUAGAUUUUUUUUUUUGUUAUCAGGGACGUUGGCCACAACAUGGCUGAGUUUACCCAAAAGUAUUAAAAUACGUUCCCAUACCUUAUAAAUACGGCACAAAGGUGGAGGCCCUAAGAUUCUCCCCAGAUUCUGCUGCCAAUCUGUUGUUAGCAACAGACCGUGAUGCUAAAUAUAAUUCAACCUGUUGAAAACUUUUUUAGUUUUGUUUUUUUAAAUACGUUUACUUUGGCAAAAAGGAAAUUUCCCUCAAUAGUUCUGAAAUGACAGCUGAUGUUCACUGCAUUCCUGAAUCAUGACAUCAUUGUUUUCACGUUGACCGUAGCUAAAUAUCUACAGCUACACAGAACACUUUGCAAGAGCUAGCAAUGCUAAUGCUAAUACUUUUCUGCCUGUAAAACUAAUCCAUCGUUUAAUAUCUCAUUUGUGAAAUUGUAACUUGCAGUGUUAUCUGUGUGGUGGAGUUUGUUUACCCGCUAGGCUAACUUUGCAGAUUAAGCUAACUUUAGAUAUGGGCAUUAGCUGUGCUCUAAAACUAAACAUACACCUUAAUAGAAGUAAUUUAAGUUGAAAAAGACUGUUUGUUUACUCAUGAAUAUAGUAUUGAGGAUAAUUAGCAUUUAAGCUUAAUAGGUGCAUCACUGGCGUAUGACAAUACAGCUCAAGCUUUAGAUUAGCAUAGAUAUUUAGCGUAACGUAUAGCCAAAAAAGGUUAUAUGUUGUAAAGAAAAUAGUACAUUAAAAGCUGGCAGAAUUUAAACAUGAAGCAAUUUUAGUGCAAAAUUAAACAUCUUCAGUGAAAAUGUGAAAUUUUUAAAGUGUAUAAAAAAAGGUGGCUUGAAAAACUAGGAGUGCAUUAAACAUCAAACUUUGUUAAAAGUUGUCUAGGAAUCAGAGGGAAGUUUUCUUGUUGCCAUUUAGCUCAACGGCAGAAAUGAAAACUGUAUUUUGUGACUAGAAAGAUUUACGCAACACUAGUGUUUUAUGUUUCAGAUUAGGUAGCACAUGCUAGAGGAGUGCUAGAAGCACUGGGAAAGCUUGAUAAACUUGCAUCUGAAAUGAUUAAUGUAAUAAUAUUAACACCAAACACAGAUCGCAGGUAAUGGUGCAAUGAUCCUGUAAAAAUGACAAAUCUUUUUGAUCUGUUAUUUUUAAAAUGCGCUCUUAAUUUGAGACCUUCAAUUGUUCUUAUGCAGUCGAGUACAUGUGUGACAUACUGUAAACAGGAAGUCAUUAUAUUAAUGGUAUAUGUCCUGUAUUAUGUUGGCCUGGUGUUUUUCAAGUCAAAAAUUGGAAACCUGUAUAUUUCAAUUUUUACCUAUUUCAGUUUGUUUUUCUGUAUAUUCCACUUUAUCGAAAUUGAGGAUCAUUUCAGUGUAUACUGCCAACUGUGUUUAUGCUAAUAAGACUUUUUGUACAUGAACAGCAGUAACGGAAGGAGAUUUCUAAAGCAACUUAAUAUUUAUCGUUGUAAAACUGUACUUUUUCAGAUGGAUGAAUGACUUAUUUGUAUGCGUUUGUCUGAGCGUGUGGGUUUGUGUACGCCUGAUGCAUGGAAGGCCUGCUGUGUUGUCAACUCAAACUCUGAAACACUGAGCUGCCGGUGAACAGUUGGUGUGUGACUCUUUUUACUGGAACUAUUUAUUUCUCAUAACCGUCAGAAGUAAAAUUUAAGAUUUGUUUCAUAA